AUGAUUAGAUCAUCAGUCACGCCAUUUACAGUUACUGCUAGCAGGAAGAAACUUAAGUCUCCCUCCAUAGAUUACUGGGAACGCGAACCAGGCGCGUGGGGAAGCGUGAGUGACUGGGAUAUCUACUAUAUUAAUAAUGUACCUGGAGUUUCCAAAGCGCAAGCGCAUAGUUCUCUUGGGCUUGAACUGGACAUUAUUCUUAAAGCACUUCCGCCAAAAAGCCGGGCUUAUUAUAAGGCAGAGGAUUUGAAUAAAUCUUUAAAGUUUGAGAUUUUGACUACCGGAAUACGUGCAGCGACCGGAGCAGUAAGGGCCGAAUUUCCACCUUUGAAGCGGAAGCUUAAUAAGCCUCAUUCUCCAGAUAUUAAUGAUGGUGAUGAAAAACUGACCAAAAAAAUAAGAGCGGAAGACGAAGAUCAGGAAACAAUCGAUUAUGGGAGAAUUUAUCGGAUACUUAUUAUAUAUUCUGGUGAUGUAGGUGAAAAUUUGUGUAAAAUAUCUACAGUAGAAACCUCUUCAGCCAUUACCGAUUUUGAUCUAAAUAAGUUUCGAAAAGAAUUCAUUGAAGACCUUAGUGGGAUCCUUGGUGAUGAACUCCAAAAUAUCAAGAGGGACAUGGAAAAAAUUAAGUGUCAGAAAAAAUGGUAA